GCAAGAAGUGUGUCAACUGGCUGAAAACAGCGUACCAGGAAGCGCUCCUUUCGGCCAUAGCAACCGAUAAAUCCAAGCAAAAUCGGAGCAAAUUACGAAACCGCAAUUGAUUUUAGUCCCAAUCGAGAUGUAACUUGUGAACUGGUAAAAAUAAUUAAUAAAUAAUUCAGAUUCCACUGCGGUACCCAUCAGAUAUUUCCGAUGUUGACCCUGUAUUACGUGAGUGCCACCGUCCUGCAAUCCUGGCGAAUUCAGAAGGCAUGUUCCAAGAUCGCCGAGCACCUGGCGCAGCCCUCGAGCAUCGCCUUCUAUGCGCUUCAGGCGGGAAGCGACGAUGGAUUCGAUCCCGCCCUGGCCAGCUCGGAGCUGUGCGGCAACCGGAACGCGGCCAAGGUCACGGACAUCCUGUGGUUGCACGCUAACCAACGGGGCUGCUGUCUCCGUCCGCUGCAGACGCUCCACAUCACUCCCUGGAUUAGCUUCCCGUCGGCGCCCAGCCUGCUGCCAUUUUCCUAUGCCGCCGACACAUUGACGCCGGUGACCACGCCAACGGAGGCGGGUACUCCCAGGCAGCGGGUUUCGCUGUCUGCACAGGGCGAGGAGCGGAUGCAGUUGCUCUUGGAGGCUCACGUGGAGCCACUGCAGCGACCCAGUUCCCAGGACACUACUGCCGUACGGCUGGAAGAUUACGGUAAGCUAAUUGCAUGGAAAAUAGACUCCCACCUGGCGGUGCUCAUCGAGACAGACGUCGAGCACUUCACGCAACUUUUGAUAACUACAUUCUUGCGAAAUAAUUUAUGCAUUAACGAUCAGCUGCCACUUCUGCGGAUUGAGUCGGUUCAGCGCGAAGGAGAUCCGCAACCCUUUGAGCUGCUUGCCAAUCACCUAAAACGGCAGUCUCGGACGACCGUUGGUCUGGACAAGGAUGGUUGGAAAAAACACCUAGAGGAUUUGCGAGCGGUCGGUGUGCUGGCCCACCAAGCCACUGAGUUUGAAUACCAAAGAAAUCGCUCUGAGGGAAGGACGAAAUCAGAUCUUCUUGCACAAGAACAUCGUCAGACUCCUGAACCCGUGGUCAAGGCGGUGGCUGUGGUAGAGCCCACCAACAAGGCAUCUUUGUCUCCCGCAAGGAUCACUGCUAGUUCACAAAAAUCUGAGGCCAAGAGAACGACAACCAAUUCAUCUCUUACUAAAAGCGAGGCGAAUCCGCAAACAACUCCUGCUAAGAGCGAGGCCAAAACCACUCCCGCUAAAAGCGAAAGCCAGAAAACAACAACCAAGGAGGAGUCCAAGUCAACGCCAAGUAAAGGUGAUUCCAAGCCAAGUGAACUGGAGAAGCUAGCGGCUGCUCAGGCGGCGCAGCAUCAAAAGAUAGAGAGUUUGGAUGUGUCGCCCAUUAAAGCUACUCCCGUGACUAAGCCAACUGCUCCUAGCAAAAUCAACGAGCCCGCCAAAUCUUCAGCCGAACCAACAAAGUCUACUAAAUCCUUUGAGGUGGUUAAGCCCUUAAAUUCGCCUCCGUCAUUUGGAACUACUUCGCGUCCUGUGCUGCAACGGAAUAAGGAUAGCUUGCAGGAGAGCAAGCCCCUGAAUGUUUUAGUGUACUCGGACAGUGCCAGUGCACGGGAAUCCACGCUGGCCACCCUCCAGCAGCUACUAGAACGAAAUGUGUACACCAUCUAUCCGCUGAUGCCACAGCAAGCGGCUCAGAAGUACUGGACAGAGCAGACAGCGCUGCUGGUUGUCUGCGGAUCAGUGGCACCAGGAAUUGGCCAGAUACUGGUGGACUAUUUUCUGCAGGGCGGCAAAGUGCUGAGUCUCUGCUCGGAUAUACUUCACUUUAUUCUGCCCAAUUAUCGCACAGCGGAGGUUCGAGAGCACGAAUUGGUUCAGUUCUCCUAUGACAAAUGGCAAAGGGUCAAGAUGAUGCACCACAUCUUCUGCUACCAGCCAUCGCCAGUGAAGAAACACUUUUCCACAGACAGCGAAGAGUCAACCAAGUCGCAUUCCCGCAAACCGUCCAUGGAACUGAAGGAUCUGGCCGGUCACAGUCACAAAUUGGAUGUCCAGGUGCUGGGCACCGAAGAAACUUGGAACACGCCCAGCUUGAUGUUGGCCAAAAGCCUGCAGAGCGGGGGCAAGGCCGUCUUCUCGCAGGUUCAUUUGGAGAUGAAUCCCAGCGAGUUUGAAUCGGACGAGAUUAAAUACUCUAUUCUUAAACAAAACGAACGCACUCGCCUCGAGAUCUUUUCGGAUCUCUUGAGGAAGUACUUGGAUGUGCAGGUUCAGGGUGGAGAGGGUCUCGAUCAUUCGCAGCCUGGAGUGGUCUAUCAGCACGCCUAUUUCUUGGGACGUCAUGAGGCUAAGUUUGAACUUCUGGAAAAGCUGCGUCUUCGUUGCAGUGGGUCCGACAACGUGAUAGCAACGCCCAAGCUGACAAUUAAAUUCUGUGGCAAGGACGAUAAGCCACCAGUGGCCAACAACAAUGUCUUGCCCAUACUGAUACAUUCCUGUCCCGACGAUUUCUCCACUGUAGAAUACUUUGAUAAUCUUAAAACGGAGCAUAUUGGACGACUGAUCAUCUAUGCACCAGUUGUAAGCAGUUCCAUGCAUGUCAUCAACAACCUCGAACUCAUCAACGGCCUCGCUGUGCUCCCGGUGCAACAAACCUCUGGAGUUGGACGCAGCAACAACCAGUGGCUAAGUCCUCUGGGCUGUGCCAUGUUCUCUUUGCAACUCCACCUAGCCAUGGACUCAGCGCUGGGCUCUCGGCUGCCUCUGUUGCAGCAUCUAAUAGGAGCCGCCAUUGUCAAUUCUCUACGUGGUCAUGAACAGUAUGGGGUACUGGAUAUUUCUAUUAAGUGGCCGAAUGAUAUUUAUGCGAAUGGAAAUCAGAAAAUGGGAGGACUCGUAAUUAACACCACUUUGCAGGGUUCGCAGGCCAUCGUUAAUAUCGGCAGCGGAAUUAAUUUAAACAACUCAAAACCAACUGUUUGCAUUAAUGACUUGAUACGGGAACAUAAUGCCCGUGCCCCGAACAACAAGUUACCUAUGCUUAAAUAUGAGCUAUUUAUUGCCAUGAUUUUUAAUGAAAUCGAAAGACUAUUGGGCGAAGUACAAAAUGGAGAUUUUGAUAGUUUUUAUGCCUUAUAUUACUCACUCUGGUUACACAGCGGUCAAACCGUCAAGAUUUGCCUUCACAAUGAACAGGAAAGAGAAGCCGAAAUUGUGGGAAUAGAUGAUUUUGGAUUUUUAAAGGUGAAAUUACCUACCGGAACCAUAGAAACCGUGCAGCCCGAUGGAAAUAGCUUCGAUAUGUUGAAAGGAUUGAUUGUACCCAAAUACCACUAGUUAAAUGAAGCAGAAAAAAAUAUUAUUCCCCCAGCCACUUAUUUAACAGAGCUAUAUAUUAGCAACUUGUAUUUCAUAGGUGCAUUUAGGUAAAUUUAUUAAGAAUUUAUUACAUAUGUUCAAACAAAUAUUUACAGGGUGUUUCUCAUAUUCUUGCUUAAAAUUGAGAGAAAUACUUUUAAAAUAAUAUGAAUUUCACUUAAUUGAGUACUGCCAAAAAUAAAAAGGUUAAUGGAAAUCUCCAAUAAUUAUAAAAAAUUGUUAUAACCCAACAGGUGUAUGCUGUAUAUCCCAGUGUUUUUAAAUUCUUUGAAAAUGUAUCCAGUUCUUUAACCAUUGUUAUUAUCAUCGAUUUCUCUACGUAUUGGUGUUUUUGAAAUUAGAGUUUAAUAAAGACGUAUUUGAUCAUUGCGG